CUCGCGGGGAGAGACACGGACUUCUAAAUCAAACUCUCUCAGAUUCACCGGACACGCACUGAGCGAUAAUGACAUGCGAACAUUAAUGAUAGAAAAGUAGUUUCCGAUCAAUGAAAAGCGACUUUACACACUUUGAGAGCUGAUGUUUUGGACUCGCUCGUGACGUGUGUGACGAGAGCGUUUCUCUGUAGAUGUGUGUGUGUGAAAGUGUGUGUUUGUGACACUACGUCCGAGAUGAAGAUCGAGUUUGCUCCUCUGUAUGUUCCUCUGCGCAGGCGUCUGCAGACAGCUGCAGUGGUCCAGUGGGUCUUCAGCUUUCUGGCUAUGGCUCAGGUCUGUCUGGCGGUGUUUGUGCUCUUGUGUGUCAGUGAUUGGUGGAUUCUGGGACUGCUUUAUGCUGGUUGGCUGUACCUGGACUGGGACACGCCCUCACGUGGAGGUCGGAGGUCAGCGUGGGUCAAGAGUUGGCAUGUCUGGAUGUACUUCAAAGAUUAUUUUCCCAUCACAUUGAUAAAAACAGUGGAUUUGGAUUCUCGUCAUAAUUAUUUGUUCGGGUUUCAUCCACACGGCAUUCUGGUGGCAGGUGGAUUUGGGAGUUUCUGUACGGAAGCGUCGGGAUUCUCGCAGAUGUUCCCUGGACUGACGCCGUACCUGCUGAUGCUUCCCUUCUGGUUCAGAAUUCCAUUCUUCAGAGACUACAUCAUGUGCGGAGGGUUGGUGUCGAGUGAGAAGGCCAGUGCAAGUUACUUGUUGAGUCAUCCAGGUGGAGGUCAGGUGGCCGUGCUCUCGGUGGGUGGAGCUCUGGAAGCUCUGGAUGCGCGGCCUGGAGCGCUAACACUACAGCUACGACAGCGGAAAGGAUUCAUUAAACUCGCCCUCAAACACGGAGCGUGGUUGGUUCCUGUCUUCUCAUUUGGGGAGAAUGAUCUCUUCGACCAGAUUGAGAAUCCCUCUGGCUCCACCCUCCGCAGUGUUCAGGAACGCCUCCAGAGGAUUAUGGGCGUGGCCAUGCCUCUCUUUCACGCCCGAGGGAUUUUUCAGUACAGCUUUGGGCUGCUGCCAUACAGGAAACCCAUUCACACUGUGGUCGGACGGCCCAUUCCUGUAACUCAGACUCCGUGUCCCACUAAAGACGAUAUUGAUGCUCUUCACUCUUUAUAUAUGGAGGGUCUGACACAGCUGUUUGAGGAGAAUAAACAAAACUAUGGCAUCCCAGAAGACAAACACCUCAACUUUAUAUGAACUCUCAUCUGUGUGUGUGUGUGUGUGUGUGUGUGUGUGUGUGUGUGUGUUUCCUGCUACUAAAUGCUCAUUACAGUGGAUAUAUGCCAUGGAGAGCUUGACGUCUUUAACGAAUGGAUGAAUUAAUUCAUGAUGUAAAGUAAUUUUUUCUGUGUAUGGAAAGUUACACUACUAAAGUGUAAACACUAAAUGAACAACCGUCGUACUUGAUUUUGUAUCAGGAUCAAUCAGGAUGUGCUCAAACUGAUGAUAGUGCUUUUAUUAGCGUAAAUCUAUUUUAAUUUGUCAAAUCUGGAAUUUAGGCAUAGUAGUAUAGUAGAGAAGUUAAAUGUAUUUGGGAGAGAGUAUAUAUAGAUAUAUAUAUAUUCAAUAGAGUUUCAAUUUUGUAUCGGGUCCAAUAUAUAAAUAUGUAUUGGUUUGGAUUUUAAUCCAGUAAUGUGAAAUAAUUGGGGGUCUUAUCCAGUCUGGUGUACGAAAAUAGGAUGAUAAAUAAAUACAUAAAUAAAUAAAUAA